UAGUAACAACAGUUUUUUUUAUUUGUAAUUAAAUUCGAUUUUUUUUUUGUCAACUAGAAAAAAUGAAAAUAAUAAAGAUAGUUUUAUGUGUUGUCAAGAUAAACGCAGUUUGAAAACGAAUUAAAUUAGACUUAAAAUUUCUAUUUGAUAUAGGAUGAUUUAUAGAUUUAGAUUUCGAAUGAAAUUAUUAUCAAAAACUUAGUGAGAAUAGUACCAAUUUAGAUCGUCGAAAGUUGGAUAAAUAAUACAUUAACUCAGUCAGUUGAUAUAAAACUACAACAUGUCUAAUAACUUUGAUUUAUAUGUAAAUCAAAGUAAAUAAAUCAAGAGUCUUAGAACAGAUGUAUUCGAGUGCGCUGAAGCUCAUUGAAAACCUAUGAUGAUCUAUUGAAAUCCAACAAAUACAUUAUCAGUCAACGAAUUCCACUAUGAUUUGAAAUUAAAGAAGAAAAUGUACAUCUUGACAAAUCCUAUUAAAUUUUAACAAUCAAAGAAUCUGUCGGAGCUCAAUAGAUUCCAGCGGAACCGGAGUAGAUUAGAUUUGAUUUUUCAUUUUUGUAUGUAAUCUUAGCUCCCAUUUGUUUUUAUGGUCUAAUUUCAUUCAAUUCUGAUAGAUUCUAUGGUUCUUGAAAUUCAAUAGAAUCUAUUCUUCUUUCUAUAAACCACUAGUUGAAUUUCACUAAAGAAUAGAAAAAUGUGAAGAUUCGAUCUUCUAUUUGAAAACGAAUUAAAAUUCGGAAAAUUUCAUGUGCUUUGAACUAGACCGAAGAUAUCAAAUUUCUUCACUAUUUUUCUUUAUUUUAACAAUCAAUAACAAUUCUAUUUGACAAAUGUUUUUCUUUUUAAGCUUUUCAUUUUGGUGGUCGUGGUGAAAUAAAUGUAACAUUAGGUGUUCCACGCCUUCGUAAAUUACUUAUAGUUGCAUCUAUAAAUGUUAAAACAACAACAAUACAAGUUCCUAUCUUACGUAGUUCAUCAGCAUUAUGUAAAGCAAAACGUUUACAACGUCGUUGGUCUCGUCUUUUAUUUUCUCAAGUACUAAAAAAUUUAAAUAUACAUGAAAAACUUUCAUUAAAAUUAAAUGAUCAUAAACAUACAUAUAAAAUUGAAUUUUAUUUUGAUGAAAAAUAUGGAGAAAAACAAUUAAAUGAAAUUAUAUGUUCAUUUGAAACAUAUUUUAUUCCACGUUUAUGUCGUUCAAUAAAUAAAAAACGUAAAGAAUUAACAACAAGUGCUCUUUUAAGAUCAGCACAUAUUCGUGAUAAGAUAACAAUUAAUGAUUUAAAUGAUAAAGAUGAAUAA